CUCUCCCUCUGUUUCUUAGCCGCCUAAAGUUACCUCCAAUCCUAUACUUUGGGUUCGGUCUUCUUCUCAAUUAAUAACUUCUCACAAUUCUCAAAAAAUAAAAUAAAAGGACUCAAUCCGAAUUGCGCCUUUUCCGUUCCCAUUUGCUCUGUCAAAAUCAACCUCAAACGCAAAAUCUGGGAAGAAUUGAUCUCAUAAAUUCACUGAUGGGUUCCAAAAUCGUCUUUCGAUCUCUCACCGAGUUAUUCCCUCAGAUUGAUGCUAGGAUUUUGAAAGCUGUUGCUAUUGAGCACCCUAAAGACGCUGAUCUUGCUGCUGCUGUUGUUAUCUCUGAGAUUGUUCCCAAGUUUUUCCCUGAUGAUGAGCACAACAAGACACCAGCAUUGAAGGUCGAAGUAGGACGUGAUAUACCAAACGGUGGUUCAGAGACGGGUGCCUCUUCUUCAGGGACUAUCCCUCUUGCUCUUGAUGGAACAAGGUCCCCUGUUACUGAGUUGCUUUCUACUGAGGACCGGUUAACAAAUGGUGAUCUUGAUAUUCAGAGCAAAUCAAUGAUCGGAUCGGAUGAGUCUAGAGUGGUUUCCUCAGCACAUGCCGGAAUCAAACUGACUAGCGAUUGUUGGGAAGGUAUUGAUUUUCAUUUUACAGGUAAUCAAGCAGAGUCAAGCACAAGCUCAGUUUCAAAACGUGUUGUGCAUAAACCUGCAGCAGACAAUUCGGAAUCUACACUGAAUUCAUCAGAGCGUUCAGAUGAUGUGAGAGAGGCUGCAAGUGGUUCAUUGACUGGUGAAAACAGUGAUGCAGAGUUGAGUGGCUCAGUUCUUGUGGAAGAGACUUCGAAGGGUUCCUUGGCAGUUGAAAGUGGUGAUCCAGAGCUGGCUGGUGCUUUUAGCUCUAGUGUUAGCAGAUCAACUCAGGGAUGCAAAAUCGAUCACCUCGAACAGAUCAUUGAAGAUGCCAAAAGUAACAAGAAAACUUUGUUCAUUGUGAUGGAAUCGAUUAUGAAUCUGAUGAGAGAAGUUGAGCUUCAAGAGAAGGAUGCAGAAAAGGUGAAGGAAGACGCUACUAAAGGAGGCUUUGAUACCCUUAAAAAGGUUGAGGACCUGAAGAAGAUCCUGGCACAUGCCAAGGAGGGGAACGACAUGGAUGCUGGAGAAGUUUAUGGGGAGAGGUCAGUUUUAGCCACUGAAGUUAAUGAGCUUGAGAAUCGCUUGCUCAGCUUAUCAGAAGAACGUGACAAGUCUCUUUCUGUUCUUGAUGAGAUGCGUGGAGUUCUCGAAAUGAGACUAGCGGCAGCCCUGGAGAUUAAAAAUGCUGCUGAGAAAGAGAUCCAAGAGAAAGAAGGUUCUGCACGAAAGGCACUUGCUGAGCAAGAAGCAAUCAUGGACAAAGUUGUCCAAGAAUCGAAGCUUCUACAGAAGGAGGCUGAGGAAAACUCCAAGCUGCGAGAGUUCCUUAUGGAUCGUGGUCGGAUAGUUGAUUCUCUACAAGGAGAAAUCUAUGUGAUCUGUAAAGACAUCCGGCUCUUGAAAGAGAAGUUCGACAAUGGAGUGCCGUUGAGCCAAUCAAUCACCUCAAGCCAGACAAGCUGUAAACUAGCUUCUUCAGUAUCAUCCAUGAAGAGCUUGUUGCUUGAGAAGCCUCUUGAUCUAUCUUAUGAAGCACCUGAAGCCUCAGGAAACAACAACAAGAGCGCAGAAGCUUCAGUUAACGAGGGGAAAGAGAACGAACGUAAGGAGCUCCUGGAAGAUGGCUGGGACAUCUUUGACAAAGAAAUAGAGCUCUAAAUGAGACUUUGGGUUCUACAUAGAAGAAGAUUCAGUCUCUUUAUAGAAAUAAACUGGUGUUAAGAAUAAAAGAGAUGUGAAAGGGGUUUUGGGUUCUACAUUUAUUAUAUCCACUUUGCAGAGCAAAACUAUAACGUGAAAUAAGGAACAAGAACAGCUUAAUUUUUCUUGUGCAUAUUAUCUGUUAUUUUCUGUUAAAAGCUUCAUCCUGAACUUCUCA